AUGUUCGACGUACUUGUAUCUGGCCGGUGGCAUUUUCUGGCCGCAGCUGUUGUGCUCUGCUCCGUUCUGGGGUGCGAGGGUCGGAGGUCGAACUCCAGAUUCACCAACCUCCAGUGCGAGUCGUAUAACGAGUCGUUUGUGACUUUCUCGAAAUGCAAACUCAAUCUCCUGGCCAGGGGACGCGCGGGAAUCAAUAUACACUGCCAACUGCACAAGACGCCCAUUACAAACGUGUGGAUGAAUUGGAGCAUGUAUCGUCGCUACAAUGGCUGGCGUCCAUUUCUGUACAACGUCAGCAAGAAUUUCUGCCAGCUCAUGGAAAAUGUGAACGAUGUUUCUUUCGAAGGACUUGUCAUCAAUGCCAUAAUGACUGGAUCAAACGUAAAUCACACCUGUCCAUACAAUCAUGAUGUCAUACUGGAUAAUUUGGAAUUCACAGACGAUUUGCUGAAAACUUUACCACUCCCCAAAGGCGACUAUAAGAUCCAACUGCGAUUUGCCAGUGACAAAACAUGGAGAUUGCAAGUGUCAGUGUUUUUCGCAAGAGAUGAACAAUAAUUGGAGCAGAUAGGUAUGGAUAGGUACUACAGGACCGGACCCAAGGGCCCACAGUAGCUGGUUUCUCAAAUGGCUGGAUGGUCAACAAUAUAUUUCUAUUCUAUUCCAGGCACAAACAUUUAGUACAUAUCAUGUACAUAUCAUGUGUCCAAAUUGAUAUAAAAUACAGAACGUAUCAUUUA